UUUCAUUAGCGAAACUGGGCGGGAACACAUCACGCCGCCAUGUUCUAUUCCCAGCUCAUCCUGGCAAAGAAGGGCCCUCUUGGGCAAGUAUGGCUUGCUGCGCAUUGGGACAAGAAGUUGACGAAGGCCACCAUCACGGCAGCCGAUGUGGGUCAAGCCGCUGAUUCCAUUGCGAACCCAGUCGUGCCACUCGCGCUGCGAGUGUCGGGACAUCUCUUGCUCGGGGUCACCCGCAUCUACAGCCGCAAGGUGAACUACCUCUUCACGGACUGCAGUGAAGCAUUGGUCAAGAUCAAGAUGGCAUUCCGGCCCGGUGUCGUGGACUUGCCGGAACAACAGGUCACGGCCAACCCGAGCUCGAUCAAUGUGUCGUCGUUCGGCGAGUUCGACGCGCACAUUCCCUACGACAUCCAUGCUUUGGUCGCUCCUUCCUUGACGGAAUGGAUGACGACUCCGUCCCAGACCCAGGCGCGGCGGCAGGACAUUACGUUGGCCGACACAAGCGACCGACAUCAAGACGACUCACUCGGUGGAAAAGAUUCGUUUGAGGAUUCGUUUGGCGGCGGCGACUGGCAAGCGUUUGACAUUGACACUAACCAGGAAUUGGACUCCAGCACCAUCAGCGACAUUGAACGUGCUCGUGAUGGCGACGCCUCGAGCCUUGUUGCGGUCCCGAAAGACGCGAGCUUACUCCUCGACAACUCAGACGCCGAGCUCAACAAGCCCGCAGACAACACAAUGGACGACGUCGACAUGUUCCAAACCGACAAGGACGACGACAUCGACAUGAUGCAGGUGGAAGUGCCCGACAUCGACAUGAACCCAGAGGACCCGUAUGCCGACCACGGACUCGACAUGGCGCCGCCACUGUCGCCACCGCCGCGCCCUGAAGACAAUGCGUCGUCUCAGACCAUCGACUUUGCCAUUGAAGAACAAGACAAGAGCAGCUUGGAACCUCAAACGCCGUCGCAGAAAAAGUUGCGCAAGCGCAAGAUCGGCCGCGAUUCCAUGACUGAGCUCUCGUCGGCGUCGAUCAAAAAGGGGUUAAAAGACGUGUCGGACAUUGUGCGCGUUCGCGGCAAUAAUACUUCGUCCAAGCGUAUCAAAGUCCACAAUGAGGAGGAGGACCCGAUGCCGCGGCUGAGUGCGCCGUCGACGUCGGCGUCGAUGUCGUCGACGUUGCUCGGCCUGUUUCGGGUAUCCAUGAUGGCCCAGCCCACGACGUUGCUAUCUUCUUGUACUUGUACUGAUCAAGGUGCUGGGAAACAAACUCAAGAUGACCAACAACCCGUGGAGCGCAUGCGCCGGCAGAGUGUGCAAGGAGUGGUGUCGUAUGCUGAAGAAGGAGGCGACGAAGACGAUAUCGUGGAUGGACGUGGCCUAAAGUCUGUCAUUGGUGGUGGUGAUGAUAUGGACAAAGUUGCCGAGUUUGAGUUUGGCGGCGGCCUCGAACCUCUCCACCACGCCGACCACGGAGUCGAUAUGCAGGACGAAGAAGAAGAAAAGGAAGACGAGCACGACAUUCAUUUGGAUUUGGACUUGACGCUGGCCCCUGUAAACGACAUACUCGCCAACAACGAAGACGACCAUCAUUCUGGCGCGACCCCCAACGACCAUCACAAGUGGCACCCCCACACGAUCAAGGUGCUUAAAGUGUUGCGGCAGUCGCUUGAAGACAAGGACACGGUGUCGUACCGCGCUUUGGCCAAGACGACGCGAAGUCGGCGGACGGCGGCGGCGCUGUUUUUUGAAAUGCUGCAGCUCAAGACGUUGGAUUUGAUCGAAGUGGCGCAGCCCAACGCGUACGGAAACAUUCACAUUUCAAAGGCGCCGCGGUUCAUGGAGCAUAUCCCGGCCGUGGACGGCGAGUAGUACUGUACUAGUAUAUGGAAGAAGUACUAGUGUCGGAAGCUAUAAUAAAUACUAUACGUUUGCAAACAACCCAGCAG